CAACUCGAAUGCUUUUCUUGACCAGUAAGUACAAAUAUUUACCCUGCAAUCUCUAAUUUGUCGCUAUGUUUCAAAACCGACUUAAAAAUGGGAUGAAGUAUCGCACAAGCCAAGAUAAAACAAAACACAUCCUUCGUUUUAAGUGAUCGGAAACAAACCCUAACUAACUCCGUUAAAUCCCAAUUUUUCACGGCGUGACGAUGAAGAGAAUCGUGAGGAUAUCGUUCACCGACGCGGAAGCCACCGAUUCCUCCAGCAGCGAAGAAGACGAACGGAACAACACCGCCGAAUCGCCGUCGCGUCGUCGCCGAGGGAAGAGGUUCGUCAACGAGAUCGUCAUCGACCCGUCCGAUUCAUCGGCCAAUAAGAACAAUCGCGAUCGCGGCAAGACGCGGUUCAAGAUCAGGAUCCCGGCGAGGGUUAAUAACAAGAAGAAGGGGGAGAAGUUCCGAGGGGUGAGGCAGAGACCGUGGGGGAAAUGGGCGGCGGAGAUCAGGUGCGGCAAAUCUCGCGACGGACGGCCUCUUCGAAUCUGGCUAGGGACGUUCGAGACGGCGGAGGAAGCUGCUUUGGCGUAUGAUAAGGCGGCGGUUCAGCUGAUUGGGCCCGACGCGGUGACUAAUUUCGGUUGUUCUAAGGCGGUGGUGAAGGAAGGUUCGGAAGCUGGCACCUCCGCGGGAGGGGCAUGAUCGUCUUUUGUAAAUUGAUAAUCAUUUCUUUUUUCUUUUUUUUUUUAACUUCAAAAGUUGUGUGUUGUGAAUAAAAGUCAUCAUAACAUGUGUGCAGUUAUUUUUAAUUUCUCAUUCCAGAUUCUUGGUUUAUGUUAACUGUACAUUGUGAAUCUGGUUUUUGUGUUUCUUCAUUGUGCAGAUUUGGGAUAACUGUUUGCUUGAAUUUUUCAUGUUUAUUGUGGAUUUGAUUGAUUUAUAAAGUCUUUUUUUUCUU